AUGAGGAUUAUCGAGGUCAUCAUAGAUGGAUUCAAAUCCUAUGCGGUGCGGACGGUGAUAUCUGGGUGGGAUGAGUCCUUCAAUUCUAUUACCGGCCUUAACGGCAGCGGUAAAUCCAACAUCCUUGACAGUAUAUGUUUCGUGCUCGGAAUCACCAACAUGAGCACCGUUCGAGCUCAGAACCUACAAGAUCUUAUAUAUAAACGAGGCCAGGCCGGAGUCACCAAAGCCAGCGUCACAAUCGUUUUCGAUAAUCGUGAUAAAUCGAUAUCGCCCAUUGGAUUCGAGGAGUAUGCCACAAUUUCGGUCACCCGGCAAAUCGUCCUAGGUGGAACGAGCAAGUACUUGAUUAACGGCCACCGUGCACAACAGCAAACCGUGCAGAACCUUUUCCAGAGCGUGCAAUUAAACAUAAACAACCCAAACUUCCUGAUUAUGCAGGGUCGUAUAACGAAAGUCCUGAAUAUGAAGCCCGUUGAGAUCCUGGCUAUGAUUGAAGAGGCUGCAGGAACCCGAAUGUUUGAGGACAGGAAAGAGAAAGCCGCGAAAACAAUGGCGAAAAAGGAGAUGAAGGUUCGGGAGAUUGAGGGAUUACUGCAAGAAGAGAUCGAACCAAAGCUAGAAAAGCUGAGGGGCGAGAAGAGAGCGUUCCUUGACUUCCAGCAAACACAGAGUGACCUUGAACGAUUGACGAGGCUUGUUGUUGCCCAUGACUAUCUCAAGUAUGGAGAGCGCUUACGCCUGAGCGCAGAAGAAGUCGACAAGCGAAAACAGAAGAUUGAAGAUUUGGAGGCCAAUGCCACCAGGUUGAAGGGGGAGAUUGCUAAUCUGGAAGAAGAUGUGAAAAAGGUCAAGGAGGCCCGCGAUAAAGAAUUGAGGAAGGGAGGGAAGUUCCAGGCGCUGGAAGAUAAAGUGAAGAGUUAUUCCCAUGAGAUGGUUCGACUGUCAACAUCGAUUGACUUAAAAAAGUCUAGCAUGGGCGAAGAAACGGGCAAGAAAGAAGCCGCAGAAAAAGCACUUGCUGAGGUUCAAGCCAACUUGAAAGGGAAGAAAAAGAUAUACGACAAACUCCAGGCACAAUAUGACAAAGCUAAAGCGGACCUCGAUGUACAGACAGCUGAAGUAGAGCAAAAAGAGGAACUGUUACAGACAUUACAAACCGGCGUUGCCUCGAAAGAGGGCCAAGGUAAUGGCUAUCAGGGACAGCUUCAAGAUGCUAGAAAUCGUGCCAGUGCAGCCGCCACAGAACAAGAGCAAGCGAAGCUUAAGAUCUCUCAUUUGGAAAAGCGCAUCAAAGAAGAAGAACCAAGAGCGAAAAAAGCUGCGGAACAGAAUCGAGGGCUAUUGAAAGACCUAGAAUCUCUGAAAAGGCAAGCUCAGAAACUUGAGGGAGAACUUGCGAAACAGGGUUUUGAGCCUGGGAAGGAGGAGAGGAUGUACGAAGAAGAAUCAACCCUUCAAAGGACGAUACGUGACCUCCGAGGCGAAGCUGAUGGCUUGAAACGAAGAGUCGCAAACAUCGAUUUCAACUACUCGGAUCCUUAUCCUGAUUUCAACAGAUCUAAAGUCAAGGGCUUGGUUGCACAACUGUUCACUCUUGACAAAAACCACUCUGAAGCAGCAACUGCCCUUGAGAUUUGCGCUGGAGGCCGUCUUUAUAAUGUGGUUGUCGAUACUGCGGAAACUGGCACAGCACUUUUGCAAAACGGUAAACUUCGAAAACGAGUAACGAUUAUCCCUUUGAACAAGAUAUCUGCAUUCCAGGCAUCGGCUGAGAAAAUAGGGGCGGCUUCCAAUCUCGCCCCUGGAAAGGUAGAUCUUGCGUUAUCCCUGAUAGGAUAUGAUGAGGAGAUUACUGCUGCCAUGCAAUAUGUUUUCGGCUCUACUUUGAUUUGCCAUGAUGCAGCAACUGCGAAGAAAGUGACCUUUGACCCUGCUGUUCGCAUGAAGAGCGUGACUCUAGAGGGUGAUGUCUAUGAUCCCUCAGGGACAUUAUCUGGCGGCAGUGCUCCAAAUUCAAGUGGAGUUCUCCUUAUCUUGCAGAAAUUGAAUGGCAUUAUGAUGGAGCUGAAAGCCAAGGAGAGAGCUCUUCAUAUACUGCAAGAUACCAUGGCCAGGGAAAAGAAGAAAAUGGACCUUGCGCAUUCAACUAAGCAAGAACUUGAUCUUAAGAUCCACGAGAUUAAGUUGACAGAGGAGCAAAUAAAUGGGAAUUCAUCAUCUUCUAUCAUUCAUGCUGUGGAGGAGAUGAGAGAAAACAUUACGCAGUUGAAAAACGAUAUAACUGACGCUAAAGCUCGUCAUGCUGAAGCAUCCAAAGAUAUCAAGCGCAUUGAGAAGGACAUGAGCGAGUUCAGCAACAACAAGGACAGCAAGCUUGCGGAACUUGAGUCCUCACUUGAGUUAUUGAAAAAAUCUCUUAGCAAGAACUCUGGUUCAGUCAAGACCCUCCAGAAGGAACUCCAAGCAGCCCGAUUGGAGUCAGAACAGACUGGGAGCGAUCUGACGACCGCUGAAGAACAGUUGGCGGAGGCUAACCAGAUCUUGAAAGCUCAGAUGGAAGAGGUUGAGGAAUUGGUGAAGGAGCAAGCACGAGUUAAGGACAAACAUGAUAUUGCUCAAGCCCAUCUUGAAGAUGAGCAAGCGCAACUCACCAGGUUCGACGAUGAACUCCGGGACCUAGAUGAAGCUAAGCAGUCCAAAGCUGCACGCAUAACCGAAGAGGCUCUGGAACUGCAAAAGCUCGGCCAUAAACUUGAAAAGGUUUAUAAGGACCAGCAAGGCGCAGCUCAACUUGUGACUAAUAUGGAGAACGAGUAUGAAUGGAUUGCAGAUGAGAAAGACAGCUUUGGCCGACCGAAUACACCCUAUGACUUCAAGAAUCAAAAUAUUGCUGAAUGCAAAGCGUCUCUGCGAAAUGUCACAGAGCGAUUCCAGGGAAUGAAGAAGAAGAUUAACCCCAAGGUUAUGAAUAUGAUCGACAGUGUUGAGAAGAAGGAGGCUUCUCUCAAGAACAUGAUGAAAACAGUCAUCAGAGACAAGAGGAAGAUCGAAGAGACUAUCAUAAGUUUGGAUGAAUAUAAGAAAGAGGCUUUGCAUAAGACUUGGUCUAAAGUCACCGCGGACUUUGGCCAGAUAUUUUCAGAGCUUCUUCCUGGAAGUUUUGCCAAGCUUGAUCCUCCUGAAGGGAAGGAGAUUAGCGAUGGUCUUGAGGUCAAGGUUAGCUUGGGUAAAGUAUGGAAGCAGAGCUUAACAGAACUAAGUGGUGGCCAGCGGUCUCUGAUUGCAUUGUCUCUCAUCAUGGCGCUUUUACAGUUCAAGCCCGCCCCGAUGUAUAUCCUCGACGAGGUUGAUGCUGCCUUGGACCUGUCUCACACACAGAAUAUUGGUCGGUUGAUCAAGACGCGUUUCAAGGGCUCGCAGUUUAUAGUCGUCAGUUUGAAGGAUGGAAUGUUCCAAAAUGCCAAUCGGAUAUUCAGGACGAGGUUUAGUGAGGGUACCAGUAUGGUUCAGGCACUAACUCCAGCAGACUUAAAGUGA